AGAGAGAGAGAGAGAGAGAGAGAGAGAGAGAGAGAGAGAGAGAGAGAGAGAGAGAGAGAGAGAGAGAGAACACAAACAAACAGUACCCUGAUGGCAGCCUCACUUUCCGACGACCUCCGUCUACCAAUCCUACCACCACCGCAGUCGAAAAAUAAAACGGAAAAUGAAAAGAUCUGCAUAGACGAGAUGCUUCAGAAGUACUGCGGAGAGUUCGGAAAGUGGCAGUUGAAACACUUCAUUCUGACGAGUCUAGCUUGGGCACUGGAAGCUUUUCAUACUAUGGUUAUGAUUUUUGCUGAUCGGGAACCUGAUUGGAGGUGCGUUACCGGUGAUUGCGACGGCGGAGGAAGUGUUUGUGGUUUGAAAAGGGAGACGUGGGAGUGGAUUGGUGGGAGCGGUGCUUCAACCGUUUCUGAUUGGAGUUUGAUUUGUGGUGAUAAGUUUAAAGUUGGACUUGUUCAAUCUGUUUUCUUUGCUGGCUGUAUGAUUGGAGCUGGAGUAUUUGGUCACCUCUCUGACUCAUCUCUAGGAAGAAAAGGUUCUCUAACAGUUGUUUGCGCCCUAAACGCCAUAUUUGGCUGCCUAACAGCAUUUUCCCCUAACUAUUGGAUCUAUGUCUUCCUCCGCCUCCUCACCGGUUUCAGCAGCGGAGGUGUUGGCCUCUGCGCCUUCGUUCUCGCCACUGAGCCCAUUGGCCCAUCAAAGCGAGGUACAUCAGGAAUGUCCACCUUUUACUUCUUCUCCGGCGGCAUUGCAAUUCUCUCUGGCAUCGCCUAUACCUUCCAAACAUGGCGUCUACUCUACAUCGCCACCUCCAUCCCCUCCCUUUUGUACAUAGCCCUAGUCCUUCCAUUCGUUUCUGAGUCUCCAAGAUGGUACCUCGUUCGAGGUAGAGUUAAGGAAGCCACUAUGCUCAUGUCCACCAUUGCUUCUUUCAAUGGCAAACACCUUCCUGAAGGUGUUCACCUUGCAAUCGAUGAAGAAGUAUCAAAAUCAAAAGCAACAAAUGAUCAUGAAUUCUCAUCCAUAGUUGAAAACAAGGAUGCUCAAAUUGGAUCUAUUUUGGAUGUUAUACGCUAUCCAGUUACGCGUAUUAGGUUAAUUCUUGCGGUAGCUCUUAACUUCUUAGGCUCUGUUGUGUACUAUGGUCUAAGCUUAAAUGUGGCAAACCUCGAAACCAAUCUUUACAUGAACGUGCUUCUAAAUGCGGUGGCAGAGAUGCCAGCGUUCACGAUAACUGCGGUGUUGUUGGAUAGGUUUGGGAGGAAGCCAUUGACAAUUGGGACAAUGUGGUUUAGUGGAUUCUUUUGCUUGAUGGGGAGUAUGAUGGGUGGUAUGGGGGUGUGGAAAGUAAUUAAAAUGGUGUGUGGUGUUUUGGGAAUAUUUGGGAUGGCGGGGACUUAUAACUUGUUGUUCAUUUACACGGCAGAGCUAUUUCCUACGGUGGUGAGAAAUGUGGCGCUUGGGAGUACGACACAAGCGGCGCAAAUGGGGGCGAUAUUGGCGCCAUUUGUGGUGGUUUUGGGUGGUUGGUUGCCGUUUGGGGUGUUUGCAGUUUGUGGGAUAGUAGGUGGGAUGUUUGCAUUUAAUUUGCCGGAGACAAUGAAUAUGCCUCUUUAUGAUACAUUCAAUGGAUUGGAGGCUGGACUUGCAUGAUGGAAUUGCUUAGCUGCUUGUAUACAUGUUUGGAUAUGAAUUAUAAUGAAGGUGUUGCUAAGUCUUUUGAGUUAGACAUCGAUUGCAAAUCAUUGGAUUCACUAGCCUUGUUAUAAAUGUUGUACUUUUCUUCUCUCGGGUAUCUUCAGUGUCCUUUUCACACUUUCUUUUCAUUUUCGCUGACUUCUAAGCUGGAUUAGUGGAUUAAUAUUUUUAAAUUAACAUA